CUCGUUUUUUCCGUUUUAGAAAUGAGCGGUGGCUUGGCUCCAAGUAAGAGCACAGUUUAUGUAUCCAACUUGCCUUUCUCCCUGACAAACAAUGAUUUAUACCGGAUAUUUUCCAAGUAUGGCAAAGUUGUAAAGGUUACUAUAAUGAAAGACAAGGAUACUAGGAAGAGUAAAGGUGUUGCAUUCAUUUUAUUUUUGGAUAAGGACUCUGCCUUAAACUGCACCAGAGCAAUAAAUAAUAAACAGUUAUUCGGUAGAGUGAUAAAGGCAAGCAUCGCCAUUGACAACGGAAGAGCAGCCGAGUUCAUCCGGAGGCGAAACUACUUUGAUAAAUCUAAGUGCUAUGAAUGUGGGGAAAGUGGACACUUAAGUUAUGCCUGUCCUAAAAACAUGCUUGGAGAACGUGAGCCUCCAAAGAAGAAAGAAAAGAAGAAGAAAAAGAAAGUCCCUGAGCCGGAAGAAGAAAUUGAGGAAGUAGAAGUGAGUGAAGAAGAAGGGGAGGACCCGGCUCUCGACAGUCUCAGUCAGGCCAUAGCAUUCCAGCAGGCCAAAAUUGAAGAAGAACAAAACAAAUGGAGACCCAGUACAGGGGGUCCCUCGACCUCCGAUGAUUCUAGAAGACCAAGAAUAAAGAAGAGCGCAUACUUCAGUGAUGAGGAGGAACUCAGUGACUAAAUCAUAUUUAUUUUGUAAAUAUUAUUCAAAUAAAUCUCACAGUACCAAAUGCAGUUGUGGAAUAGAGAUUGCUUUCAGUGUUUGAGAAUAAGAACACUUAAAGCCAAAUAGUACUUACUCUAAUGUAGUUCCAACGGGAUGAUGUUAAAAUAAUUUUGAAGUACCAUGAUUGUAGCUUUCCUUAGCACAGUGCAAAUCCUAAAUCUGAAAGUCCAAGAUCUAAAGUGUUCUAGACUUGGAGCACCAACGUGAUGUCUCAAGUGGGACUGUGAAACUCACUUCCAACACUGUUAAAUACUGGAGCAAACUGCUCUCAGACUGCAGUGUACAUGAGACAUAACUGAGUCUGUGUUUGCACUUGGUUCUUAUCCAAGUAUCUCCUUAUGUAUAUGCAGUUCUACCAGAAUCAGAGCUACCGUAGUGCAAAGCAUCGCACAUAUGGGACCCUCCAUCUGUACUCAAGUCAGAAAUUGUUAUAAACAAUCUUAAAAUAAUUCUAAAUAAAAUUUAAUACUACCAGC